AUGGUAGCAUCUGUGGCGAAAACGCCAACCUACGCGGAGCGUGCAAAGAAAGCGCAAAGCAUCAAAGCCCCAACCUCCAUUCGCCCCUCCACGUCCGUUUCGUCGCCUAUACAACCAACUACGCCACAAGUAUCUACUACGCCCAAAUCACACUCAAAAUCAUCAGGUGUCGAUGUACCUGUAGCUGCAGGACCAAGUUCAAGCUUAACUUCCCAGGACACCGGUGUCGCCAACGCGAAUACCGUCAAUGGCCAUGUUUCCACCACCGCCAGCAGUACGAGCGCAUCGUCACCGAAUAUGGGCGCCCAGACACCGCUCAAUGAUCUAGCUUCAACAACGCCAGCGACAACUAAAGUUCCUGUAGACAACGUGUGGAAUCGUCGUAAGGAACAAAUGGUAUCAAGAACAACUGCCACAUCUACAUCAUCAUCGUCAACUCAGCAGGUAGCUGCGAUGCCUUCAUCUUCAGAGGUCGUUGUUGAAGACCCAUUUGUUGUACAAAUACCCCCUCGACCUGGCCCGCCCUUAGUUCAUGACUCUGAGAGCUGGCCCGAGGUUGGAAAGUCUACGUUUCCGGCCGACUCUAAGGAGGGUUCGACUAUCUGGAAAGAACAGGAGCCUACACUGAGAAAGGGUGAGAAGCAGAAGUGGGUGCCCAUACCUGCCGCAGAACUUCAAGCAGCUGCCGACGCACAGAAUCAAAACCACAAGUCUUCUUCAUCAAAACAACAUUCGCGGGCGCAUUCUCGAGCGCAAUCCCAGAAAGGUACCAACCCUACGCGGAGCAAUAAUCCUAACACUUCCACCGCCCAGCCUGGAUCACAGAACGCGUCGCGGGCUGCAUCUCAAGCCCAUAGUCGAAUUCAGUCUACGACACAUUCUCGGAUCGCAAGUCGUUCUACCAGCGCGCAAUCGAGUCCUAGACUAUCGAGAGGCGGUAGAAAACUGGAGGACGAUUCAUUUAGUUUGAUAACCAACAAUGUUGAUAUCAACGUCAGCAAUCUCAAUGGUUCGCCGUAUGCUCCUCCCCGCAAUAUCAACCCUCCUACCCAACUUCCCACUCAGCCUGUAACAUAUGUCGAUACGACGUCUAGUGACCCCCCAGUGUCCUAUUCUGUCCCCCUGUAUGGCCCUGUCCCCAUUUCUGGUUCCCCUUACUACGCUCUUCCUCAACAGUCUCACGACCAUGGUUCUAUACCACCCCUUCCUAUCCAGCAAACAUCUAGCCAGCAAGGCUCCACACAGGGAUCUUACAGCGCUUCUCCUUUAUCCGCUCCAUAUGUUUUGCCUCCUGGUGGACCUAAUGGAUAUCCACCAUCAAACGUUGUUUCGACUCACGGACAUAGUCCCAUUUCUAUCCCCCCAUCACAACCACUUUCUGCUUACCCUCCUGGCCCGACGGGAUACCUACACGUGUAUCCCCCUCAUAUGUACGGCGGAAUGCCAGAAUAUGCCCAUGGGCAGGCCGCUAGUUAUUCCCAUUGGAACGGAAAUAGUCACGGAUUCCCCUCACAUCCCUCUGCAGCCCAGAGUCCUUAUCCUCCAAAUGCACAUCUGCUUGCGUAUCCUCAACCUCUUUCCCAUCAGCCCUCCAUUGGAGCUCCCUCUCACCAACGAAAGUCAGUAAGCCCUUCAGAGGAACAACAGCAACAAUUACAACUACCCCCGCCCACAAUGAUCGAUCAUCCCCCACCGCCUGAAGAGUCAAAACCCGUUGCUGGAUACAGGGAAAUUGGCUCGUUCAAUAGUAGUCCCCACCUGAAUGGUACUGCCAAUGGUAACGGCUCAUCCAUAAAACCAGGCUCCGUCGUGUUUGGUAGUAUAGGGGUGGAGGUCACUAGCAGCCCUCCCGAUCUCGAUGGGUUGAUCAACCGAGAAAUAGCCGGCCAGCAAGCUGAUAUCGAAUCCUUGCCCAAAGCGUUUACUGCGUUCUCUAUUGGACUUACACCCGAUGAGCCAAAACCUCCGCGGAUACGCUCACGAACGAGUUCGGCGAAGCCCUUAGCUAAAACGGACUCAACCAAUGGGGAUCUCAAGGAUAUCCCGACCGUCGUGGCGGACUCGGCAUCGCCAAAUCGUGCAGGGAAUCAAGAGGUCAACGACGGUCAAAAUCGAAGCCGCCCCGUGGAUUUGAGUGGUGCAGAGAAGAAAUGGCAGUUCGGUAGCACCGAUGUGAAUGCCACCUUAGAACGACCAGAAAUCAUCACUUCAAAUUUGGACGGUACACACUUCGUCCACCCAAGUUCUGCCACUGCGGAAGUAGGUGAGCCUUUGGGCGUAAUGGACAUCAGCGAUUCCGAGCAACUGCCGCCCCUUCCUCUGGACCUGCAACCUACACCACAUAUGGUCGGAAAUGAGCGACCUGUUCAGGCACUUGCUCCUCAAUCAUUGGGCGACGAGUUUGCCAUUAGAGACUUCAGGUAUGGUUCCGGUCUGGAAAGCGGCCCUGGGUAUGGGAUGGGAGUCCUUCAAGGGGAGCAACUACCCCAGGAUGGACGUCGCGAACCAGACAUGAUGAGGGAUCAAGAGAUUCGCGAGGAUGGGCGGAGAUGGAGGGAUGAAUUCGACUACGAUAGGGGUGGAAGAGGUGGCCCAGGGAGAGAUAGAGAUAGAGAUGGGGAUGCCGGUGGGAUGAUGGGGCGACCUCGGAGGGGUUCUUAUGGUGGUUAUGGAUAUGAACGUGGCGGGUAUGGCGGGCGGAGAGGCAGAGCUGGGGGACCUGGCGGAUACGGCAGGUCCAUGCAUCGACCUCGUGCUUCAUUCCAUGCUCCUCCACAACCGCGGCAGCCACCGUUUACUGUGACUCCUCCACAACAACAAUUUCGGCCGCUAAUGCAGUACAACGAUCCUAAUAUAACAAAUGGAUACUACCUCCCCGCGCAAAGUCCCACUUCGCACCAUCAAGGCAUGGCGACGUAUUUGCCCAUACAUACCCACGCCCAGGUUGGCUACGAGGCCUAUGCACCUAUCCCUCAGCACCUUCCGGCGGCAAGCGGUCAAAUAACCGGCCCCCCCGUUCCUGUACCGUUGUAUGUGAACUAUCACUUGGAUUCAACACGAUAUCUCCUCUUGAGUCAACUGGAGUAUUACUUGAGCCCGCAAAAUAUGGCACAAGAUCUCUAUUUGCGGCAAAACAUGGAUUCCAAAGGCUGGAUAUCCAUCCACCUGAUUGCGUCCUUCAAACGAGUUACGGCAUUAACUCACGAAUUCCAACUCGUGAAGGAGGUACUCUCUCUAUCUUCCGUGGUUCAAGUGAAUAACGACUGGGUUCGAAUGGACGGUUGGGAACGGUUUGUCUUGCCUGAUGCGAAGCCGAGCGUUGUAGAGGCUGAGACUGCGGAAUUACCAUCCUUACAACCCAACGAGCUUGACCACCAGGAAGAUGACGAGGACGAGGACGAAGAAGACGUUGUUUUUGUUCUGGAUGAUGAAACCCAACGAUGGUCGCCGGACCGUAAGCGAGCCUAA